AUGAAGAAAGGACCAGAAGAUGACGAAAAAGGUGAAAUUGCCAAAAUUACUAUGUGUUACCUUGGAUUAAGCCAGAGAUCAGAAAAGAAUUCAUCAACAAAACCAGAGAGAAUGGCAGAUAUUAUGCCUAAAUUAAACUAA